AUGCUGGAGAUGGACAAGAUCGACGAGGAGAAGUUUAACAAGAUCCUGGGUCUGAUAGAGUCUGGCAAGCAGCAGGGAGCCAGUCUACAGUGUGGAGGGGAAAGUCAAUGGGACACGGGGUACUUCGUCAAGCCAACCGUCUUCUCUGAUGCCACGGAUGACAUGCGCAUUGCUAAGGAGGAGAUAUUUGGUCCAGUUCAGUCGAUCCUGAAGUUCAAGGACAUUGACGAGGUGAUAGAGCGCGCCAACAACACAUCAUACGGUCUGGCAGCAGGUGUCAUGACCCGCGAUAUCAACAAGGCACUGAAGAUAUCACAGAACCUCGAUAUAGGCUCUGUGUGGAUUGCUCUUGACAACAGCGCGGACUAG